GAAGGCAGUCCCAUGUUGCCGACACAGGCCAGCAACUGCUGCUUCCAAAUCACGCUGCUGUUGCACCUGCACGACAACACAGUUGCAGUUCUUUUAAAAAACCUACCUUGUACGUAUGUGUGUUAAUAGCGUUAUUCAGCAGCUCUGAUGCAGGUGGCAGGUGCCAUGGCGUCGUUACGGCCAAAGCAGCAUCUUAUCGCAAUGUUGCUGCCAGUUAUUAUGUUUACGGUAGUCGGCAUUGUCGGUGCCCUUCCUUAUCCUGGGUGCGGGUAUGAUUAUCAGUUGCGCAGUUUGGGGUGUACGAAGAAUAAUUUAACACUAUCCAGAGCAUCUCCUGUUGACUCCACUCCGCUUGACGUCCAGUUUAUUUACCUCGGUUGUCCGGCUGUAAAUAAUUUUCCCCAACGUCGACCGUUCGAUUACUGCAACGUAGUACACGAUGAUAUAUCAUCGCUGCCAUUCCGAAAAUCUAUAUUGACCCUAACACUGCAAGGAUUCACUGCAGCAAACGGCGGAAGGUUUCUCCUUGAUAAACUCCUGCAUCAUAAUAAAAAUAAUACUCAAAGACUGAACAUUCAUUACUGCAGAAUCGGCUAUAUUGAUCGCGGAUAUUUUGCCGGCUUCCAGAAAUUGUCGCGACUCCAGCUGGAACACAAUGACAUUAGCAGUAUCAGCGUGGACGCUUUCGACAGCUUGUCCGGGAUAUCAGCGAAACCGUCGCUGACGAAUUUGUAUUUGGACGACAACGCAUUGGAAACACUGGACUGGAGUACUCUGUAUCCAUUGAGAGACACGUUGGCUAAACUACAUCUUGACGACCAAAAGCCAAAGCUGCAUUCCCUAACACUCAGUGGUGGCGCGUUUCUCACCUCAAUCGUGCGCUUACAUCUUGCAGUAAAUUCACUGAGGUACAUUCCCAACGAAAUAUUGGACAGCAUCGGUUGGAACUCCUCGGUUCCAACUACCUUAAGCCUCGGUGGCAAUGCUUUCUGCGAAGGAUACACCAAUUGUGACUGCUGCGAAAUGGGCUACUUUAUGUCCUGGACUAAAAAAUUCAUUGCGGUAAAAGGAAGACCCUGGAACGGGCAUAACUAUGUCACACUUUCUUGUGGAUCGCAGUCAGGUCUGACAUUCGGGAGUAACCACCCAGGAUCUGCACAGAGGCUUGCAGAGCUAGAGAAGUCUAACCAUUGUAAUGCCACGUCGACAACCGUAACUAGCACUGCUAUCCCGACCACGACAGCCAACGUAACGACCAACACUAGGAAACCAGACGUAAAUAAUUCGAGUUCGCUGUGUCCUGAAACAAAACCCAUUGAAAUUAAUUGUACUUUCGGUCGUUUGUCCCUGUCCCAGCCUGAUCUGCAGCGGGCUGAGGGCACGCUUCUGGUCUUCCGCACCGAUCGCUCGUUCGCCUGCCAGAUGAAACUAUACAAUCUCCAUACAAUGUCAAUGGACCUCUUCAACUUCUCCGAGCAGACCGACCACCAGCCAGGUCAACAGGAAGUUAUACGCGUCGAAUGCGCCAACGGAGUGUCCACUCUCAGCUCGACCGACCCGGAGAAUUCGCAUGCGCACCAGUUGAACUUUCGCUCCGAUCUGACCAGCCAGUGCUUCGCCAAAUUCACGGAAUUUCUCCAAUACAUUGACACUAACCUUGUCACCGAACACGUGACGGUGACCAGCGAGGAGAGCCGCCUCGCGGACGAAAUGUGGAGAACCUGUGGCGACAUCACAAACGCUACCUGCACCGAUGGAACCUUCGUCUUUUCGCACACUAAGGAUGCCGCAUUGAAAGCGGAGGGCGUGGUUAUCAGGGUGGACCAGUCGUUCGACUGUCGGAGCACCUUGGUGGCCAUUCACGAGCACCUUUUGGCACAGGAAAGCACAACCGUGCAAGCUCCCGCAACGCCGCUAUCCAGUUCGGUCGCGGCGGUGUGCAGUCAAGAUCGCUUGUUCGUCUCCGAAGGUCAUCCACGACGAUCGAAGAAAACGACGAUAGAGUACUCGGCACGGCCCAGCAAGUUCUGCCGCGGUGCUUUCCAUAAGUUUGUGGAGUAUUUGUUUGGGCUGUAGCGACAUCGGCAUUGCGUUGGGUUUGUCCAAAAAGCUUUAGCUUCUUUGGUUUGUCUAGCUUUGUGUUGCGCCGGGAUCAUUAGCAAGCUGAUCACUGGCAAGCUGCCAACUUAAAGCGCGAUUAUGAUAAUUCAGUGAAAAGCACUUACUGGGCGGUAGAAAAGCGUCCCAGAAAACCACAGAGCGGUAUAUAAAAAAAUUCAAUAAAAGCAUU